AGUUCAACACUAUCAGAGCUUCAAUCCAAAUUUUUGCUGUUCUCUUUGAACUGAUUUAGCUACAUGGCAGAUACUGAACACUCAAAAAGAUUUAGAGAAUUCUCUGAUAAACUGGAAAAUGCCAUUACUCCUUCCUUGAAGAAUGUAGCAAGCAAGCUUAGUGCUAAAGGUCUCAUAGCACUUAGUACAAAAAUGGAAGCAACAAGUAGCACUGAUGCUCGAGGGACAGCCACAAAGAUAGUAGAUGAGUUACAAGGAGCUCUUGAUGAACAUGAUGAUCCUGAAUCAUUUGUAAAUGAAGUGUGUACAGCAUUAAGAAAUGUUAGAGAGAAACGAAUCACUGAUGUAGUAGACAAAUUGGAAAAAGAAAUUCAAACUUCAAGACAAAUUUCUGAAGAAAAUGGUGAUGAUGAUGAGCAAAGAAAGGGUUCAAAGUCAAAAGGAAAAAAACCUGCUAAAAGGCAAAAACGUGACUCUAAGGAAAGUGGUGCUGAAUAUACUGGUAAACUAAUAUUAAUAUAA